UCUUAACUUGUUUUGUGUCCGCACUUGAGCACCUGUGUUGAGGUUGUUUUCUUCAACGUCGCUCUAGUUAGUGGGACCCCGCAUGGUCAGAAACUCUUGGCAAGAUGACAGCCACAAAGUUUACCUCCGAGGCUCUCGAACAAUGAGAUAAAGCAUCCCUGAUAACCAACGCGAAAUUAUUAAGUAUGGGAAGGCUUCCUGCUGCCCGCGACUGCGUCGACUCGACCAUUCCAGUCUUUCCAAUUCAACAGAUAGACAGAGAGGUCCUGAAUGCAUUCUUUGAGAAAGCCAACGCAUUAUGCAGAGAAUAUGAAUACCCGGAAGCCCAAUCAACCUUGAUGACAUCCCGAGACAUUACUGCAAUCAGACCGAGGACAGAGUCACCAGUAGACGAUGGCUUAAUCAAUGAUUGGCCAUUUCAAGGCUUGAAUGUCGAACAAAUCAUGGAUUUCGUCAUACAACAUCUUGACCAAACAGAUUUGUCCCCCACGAAUCUGGUUAUACUAGAUAAUCGCACAAAUCAGGACAGCACGUGUCUACUUCUGUCAAGAAACGAACUGAGCGAUGAUCCGCUUGCAUAUAUACAAGUGCGCUCGGAUUUCGAGUCCGCGAUUGUGGUUCUCGGGACGAUUGAAAUUGGCUGCGGUGGUGCCGAUGUCCAGCUAAGCACGGAGUACCCUGGUUCCGACGGAGUGUUGAGGGUCUCAAUGCGAGACAGGACAUGAAGCACCCUGCAGCGAUAAGCUUCGCAGCGAUAUGAAAAAGAUGUACCAAUGAUA